AUGUCGAUUAGGUGCCCCUCAAUUACUACUGAUAGUCGUAUGUCGAAUUCACCACGGUUCAUUACCGCUGGUCUUGUGUCAUGCCGGGCGAGGAGUUUUGGCGUUUCUUUUCCUUUCUGUUUCUUCUUUGAGACCACUCUUGCCUAGAUGUGUCAUGGAAUAACUACUUCCUUAAGUACGUUGUAUCUAUGUCUAUGAUUGAAACUUCCUUACCCAGAUGAAAAUAUUGGGUAACGCAAGUCAUAACCAUCGUCAAGGAAAGAAAGAUCCUCUCCUUUGAACUACAGGGAAAUCAGAGGAGGUGCGAACAAGAUCC